GCAUUGAGCUUCACAUCGGACACCAGAUUAGCUUUUUUAUAACUUUCCGCCCAGUGGAGGGUCCAUCGUCUCUCUCUCUCUCUCUCUCUCUCCUCUCUGCGUGUGUGUGCUGUGCGUGUGCAUUUCCUCUGAAAAUCGAAGAAAACCUCACUCCAAACCGUCUCUCUCGCCCUCUCCCUCUCCUCACAAACUGAUCCAGAAGCUUCUUCAGAUAAUAAACAAAAUCAUCUCUUCUGGCUUUGAAUUCUGAUGUCUCCACCUCUGGUUGGAGUUGGGGAGGAGCGUAAGAGCAAUGUCACUAUGUUGGCUUCUUCGGCCUCCUUGGACAGUAUGUCCACCAAUGGGCCUGAACUGAAAGAACGUAACUACAUGGGGUUAUCAGAUUGUUCUUCGGUAGACAGCUCGACAAUUUCUACGUCUGAAGACAAUAGCAGCCGUUUGAAUCUGAAGGCAACGGAGCUGAGGCUUGGGCUUCCUGGAUCCCAAUCCCCUGAAAGAGGUCCAGAACUCUGUCUGCUAAGCUCAGCAAAACUUGAUGAGAAGCCUCUCUUCCCUUUGCAUCCUUCGAAGGAUAAUAAUUAUGUGCUAUCCCAGAAGACUGUUGUUUCAGGUAACAAAAGAGGGUUCUCUGAUGCUAUGGAUGGAUACUCAGAGCCUGAUGAACAGGGAAGAUUUGCUGCUAAUUCCGAGGUCAAGGCUAUGCUAUCACCUAGGACUAUUCCAAACUUGGGUGUGAAAUCUGGUACUGCAAAAGAUAACACUGGGACUCAACAAGCCACAACUAAAGAGGUAGUGCCUCAACAAGUGUCUCAAGAGAGGCCUCGUGCUUCCAAUGAGAAUGUUCCAAAUCGUACUGCUGCUCCAAAUGGCAAUAGCAGUGCACCCGCUACCAAGGCACAGGUUGUUGGUUGGCCACCUAUAAGAUCGUUUCGAAAGAAUACAUUGGCCACAACUUCGAAGAACACUGAUGAAGCAGAAGGAAAAGCAGGGUCUGGUGCUUUGUUGGUUAAGGUCAGCAUGGAUGGUGCUCCUUAUCUUAGGAAAGUGGACUUGAAAACUUACUCUGCAUAUCAGGAGCUCUCUUCUGCCCUUGAGAAGAUGUUCAGCUGUUUUACUAUUGGUCAAUAUGGAUCUCAUGGAGCUGCGGGGAGGGAGAGGCUGAGUGAGAGCAAGCUGAAGGAUCUGCUGCAUGGAUCGGAAUAUGUUCUUACUUACGAGGACAAGGAUGGUGACUGGAUGCUUGUGGGUGAUGUCCCGUGGGAGAUGUUUAUUGAUAAUUGCAAGAGGCUGAGGAUUAUGAAGAGUUCUGACGCCAUUGGCCUAGCUCCUAGGGCCGUUGAGAAAUGCCAAAACCGGAACUAGCUAGCAUUUAUGCAUGGUGUUGCUAUCCAUUCAACAAUACGGAGGGGAAGAAACUUGGGUAAGAGUUGUAAAACGCUUCUCCCAGAUUUUCCUUGAAGGUUGACCGACUGGACAGCAGAUCAUUGGCUAAAUGCCUUCUAUGUGUUCUAUUUUCCUGGUAAUUCAUGUUCCCUAAGCCUUGUUUAGUGUAAAACUCGUAAGAAGACCGUUUUCCUGGACAGUACUUCUGCAACUUAUAUAAUGAAUGUGGUGUGUCUUGCUCCCGGACUGGAUUCUAAAUUCUUAUUAUGUCAACUGUAAAGUGCAUUGCUUGUUGAACGUCUGGUUUUGUGUGUUUAAUGAAAGUCGCGGUCUUCGUUGUCCACUA